CAGAACGCAAACGUGCGCUGGGAGAGGAGUGUGUUGGAAGAUUGCGGCUGCUGUAGGUUAUUGCAAGUGGAGGACUACCCGAACUCUGCGCGGUAUGAGGGAAGCAGCGUGGUGUUAUUGAAGAAUGAGACAAGAAAAUUAUGCAAAUGAGAUGGUUGCUCGUAUACUUUAUUGCAGCGUGGAAGAAUAAUCAAUGCCCACUUUUUCCAGGGCAAAAUGGGCUCAGAUGCGGUUGAACUAACGUGAGCGCAGUCUGAGGUUGACUCCGAGAGGCUCUGCGCGGUCUCUGCGCAGGAGGUUUAACAUUAGUGACAGUUUAAUAAAGAAUAGAAGAAGCUUCUGUUGUUGAGGUCUUUACUCCAACAUCCCAUCGAAACUGUGGGCGCAAAGAAACGAAUGUCAAUAGACAGUAUGACGGCUGUACGAAGCGCCCAUGCACAUAAUGGGAGCUCCGCUGGAUCAAAGGAGAAUGGACAAAACACACCGAGCCCGGUUAACACCGACCCCAAUACAAACGUAUUUCCACCGGCAGACAUCGGCGCUGACAAGUCUGGGUCUUCCGUCGGUGAACUAACUCAGACAUGGAUUCAGUUUACAAAGACAUUCGUGCUAAUUUUUCCCAUAUAUGUUUUGGGAUAUUUUGAAUUCAGUUUCAGUUGGCUCUUAAUAGGACUUGUAAUAUUUUUCUGGUGGAGGAGAAACACAGGAGGCAAGAACACCCGACUGUACAGAGCCUUGGCGUUCUUUGAACAGGAGGAGAGAACUGUCAAACGAAGUCUGACAACUUCUCAUUUGCCAUCAUGGGUCAACUUCCCAGAUGUAGAAAGAGUAGAGUGGCUGAACAAGACUGUGAGACAGAUGUGGCCGUAUAUUUGCCAGUUCAUAGAGAAGCUGUUCCGCGAGACUAUCGAGCCGGCCGUGAAGGGAGCCAACUCCCACCUCAGCACGUUCCGCUUCAGCAAGAUCAACAUGGGGGACAAGCCUUUAAGGAUCAAUGGGGUCAAGGUUUACACAGAGAAUGUGGACAAGCGUCAGAUCAUCAUGGACCUACAGAUCAGUUUUGUUGGAAAUACUGAAAUUGAUGUGGACAUCAAAAGAUACUACUGCAAAGCUGGUAUUAAGAGCAUACAGCUCCAUGGAGUGUUGAGAGUAGUCAUGGAGCCGUUGCUAGGUGACAUGCCCCUGAUAGGAGCCUUGUCCCUGUUCUUUCUGAAGAAACCUCUUUUGGACAUCAACUGGACAGGCCUCACCAAUAUACUAGACAUUCCUGGGCUCAAUGGCUUGUCUGACAGUUUAAUUCAGGACAUGAUCUACAGCUACCUGGUGUUGCCCAACCACAUCACUAUCCCACUGGUGGGGGAUGUACAACUUGCUCAGCUACGUUUCCCUAUGCCAAAGGGAGUCCUGAGGAUUCACUUCCUGGAGGCUCAGGACCUGGAAGGGAAGGAUAAAUUCCUGGGUGGCCUGAUCAAGGGGAAGUCUGACCCCUACGGCGUCCUCCAUAUUGGAAACCAGCUCUUCCAGAGCAAGACCGUCAAAGACAGCCUGCACCCCAAAUGGAACGAAGUUUACGAGGCACUGGUAUAUGAGCACUCAAGCCAACACCUGGAGAUUGAGUUGUUUGAUGAGGACCCAGACAAAGAUGAUUUCCUGGGGAGCCUGAUGAUCGAUAUGAAAGAGCUUCACAAAGAGCAGAAGGUAGAUGAGUGGUUUGACCUGGAAGAAGUCUCCACGGGGAAACUACACAUGAAACUGGAGUGGCUCUCUCUGCUCUCCACCCCUGACAAGAUGGACCAGGUAUUAAGGAGUGUGCGAGCUGACCGAAGCCUGGUCAAUGAUGGCCUCUCGUCUGCUCUGCUGGUGGUGUACUUGGACUCAGCCAAGAACCUGCCGAGCGUCUUCACAGGGAGCUUUGGGUGCGGAAACUUAAAAGAGAGGAGAGCAUCUGGCCUAGUCUUUUGUGAGAGCAAUACCUCAAUGUAUAGAACCUUAUUUAGCAACCUGUUUAAUUUCAACCAUGACGUGUUGAAGCAAGCCUCUGUCUUUAAGUCCCUGAAGUCUGGCAAGAAAACUAGCAGUGAACCAAGUCCUUACGUUCAUUUCACAGUUGGGAACAAAUCAUUUGAGAGUAAGAUCCGCUAUAAGACCAAUGAGCCCAUGUGGGAGGAAGCUUUCUCCUUCCUCGUCCAUAACCCCAGGAGGCAGGAGCUGGAGGUGGAGGUGAAGGACGACAAGCACAAGUGCACCCUGGGUAAUCUUACAGUCCCCUUGAGUGGUCUAUUGGUGGAAGAGGACAUGAUGUUCACUCAGCAAUUUUCCCUGAGGAACUCUGGACCCAGCUCCACACUCAAACUGAAGUUGGCACUCAGGGUUCUGUUUCUGGAGAAGCAGACGAGUGCGUCGGACCAGCCAUCCUCUGUCCAAGUGAGGAAAGCCAGCGUGGUCAACCCCACCGUCCCCUCCCAGAGACUCUCCACAUCGGAGUCCCCUCUUCCCCCAGACACCAACCCCCCAACACCACCAAUGGAGGCCGCCACCUACACCCUCCAUCGCAGAGAGGAGCAGAGGGAGGAGCCAUACGGAGGCAGCCCCAUCAGGAGCACCUCCAACCUGAACACCACCAUAUCCAGCUCCCAGAAACACCUGCCCCACAAGGACUCCAUGGCCAGCCUGGCUUCGGACAUCUCCCUGCCCUUCGCCACCCUAGAGCUGCAGCAGAGGCUCAGGCAGCUGCAGAAUGGGUCUGCCCCUAGUCCAUACCCCAUGGGGGAGAUUCAACUGACUGUCCGUCACAGCUCCCAGAGGAACAAGCUCAUCGUGGUGGUGCAUGCCUGUCGAAACCUCAUUGCGUUCGCUAAGGAUGGAUCAGAUCCUUUCAUUCGGAUUUAUCUGCUCCCUGACAAGAGCCGGACAGGCCGGAGGAAGACCAGCACCAUAAAGAAAACCCUGAACCCUGUGUAUGAUCAAACGUUUGAGUUUAGUGUGUCCAUGGUGGAGCUGCACAGGAGAACUCUGGACAUCGCUGUGAAGAAUGGAGGAAGUAUACUGUCCAAACACAGAGGACUCCUCGGGAAGGUGAUGGUGGAUUUGAGUGGUGAGGAUAUAUCCAAGGGCUGUACGCAAUGGUAUGACCUCACUGAAGAUGGCAGCCGCAAAACGGUCCAGGCACAGAAAGGGACAUAGGAAGACCACCUCCAUAAUCAUAAACACACAUCCUGCUGUUUCAACCCUAGUGACAUUCAAUUCAUAAAAGCUUUAUAGGCAUGACAAAAAUCUAAUUUGUAUUGCCAAUUGACAUUCAUAGAAACACACAUCACUCUGCUUUCAUUUAGUGUUAUCACUUAUCAAAGGGGACAUAAUUUUCAUUUUCUUACUUUUUUCCCUUUAAUUUGUGUAUCAUGUUGACGCAUGUAGAGAUACAACUUGAAGUUUGCUGUAACAUGCUGUUCCUGCACAAUUGAAAGACGUCAAAGUUUCACAAUUGUCCUGUUAAAAGCAAAAAAUGUUCAUCAGAAGAUUUUGGUUAAUGUGUCAAAAAGCACAUUUACUGCCUUGUUUUCUUACUUGUUCUGUGGUUUAUAUAUGCAUAAAUGGACUAAUUCGUUUUCAUUGUUAUUUGUUACUAUUGAAGGAAAUUACGUUGGAAUCCUAUUUGUUUUCUUUGACAUUGAAUGGACUCCAUAUCUACUGAUAUGACUGUAAUUCUCAUCAAAAGGACAGACAUUGCUACUAUGGUAGUUACAAGAUGUAAACAAGGAUGACCAGUUAAUUUGUUUUAUAUAUUUUUGUCAUGCAGUGUUAUUUGGUCUUUGUUUACUUUUGCCUAUUUUCUUCAUGCUAACGGUAAUCAAUUACUCCUACAGUGAUCAAAAGUCCUACCACUGGAUUCGCAAAAAACAAAUAUAAAAUGAUUGUUCAGUAUAUUCUAUACUGUAUAUUUUGAAGGAUCCAGUGCAAUAUAGAAUUAUGUUCAGGUGAAGGGGUAUGUCAGGGAGGGGAUAUGUUCUGCUCUGGUGUACAGGAAUAGUAUAUCUAAACAGAUAAGUUUGAGUUUGGUUAUCGUAAUAAAUCAUUUGUAAAUGAAUAGAGGACCAUAUAUGAAUGGUCUCUUACACCAGACACAUUAUGCAAUUGUUUUUGGUUGCAACAUUGUGUGAAGUUUUGUUUAUAUUUUGUCGAAUGAUGACAAUGUGCCAUAGGCUACUCCUGUAAGUAUAAGCCAUGCAAUGCUGUUUUAUCUUGAAACAUUACAAACAUCUUAAAUACUCUCUGUCAGUUAUCUUUCCUGUGCCUUAACAUUAAACACCUUCACACUUACUGUACAAAUGUACAUGAAACCUUUUAGGAAUCAAGUUCUCACAUUUGGAAUAAGUAUAUUCAUGGUUUGUUUUGAAUAAUAGUUGUUUCUCUUUUAAUUAAAAAAAAAAAGUUUAAUUUAAAGUGUUAUGUGUAAUGACUUGACUUCCCUGUGAAAAUUUGCCUGGUCCUAAAUUCAUUGUAAGAAUUUGUGAGACUGUUGUUUCUAUGUCUGAGAGCUUACUGUAUGUAUCUACUAGGUCCUUGUUUUGCUGUACAUAAGCUCCAUCUAGUGGUUUCUCAGACGCAACUUUAGUUGAGAUGUUCUUUUGAAUUUAUAAUUAUUUACUAUUGUGUUACUUUAGCAUUUAAAAAUAACCAAUACAAAUGAGAGAGACACUAACACAAUUUGUGUGUGUUUACAGAUUACUUUAAAGGCCCGGCCCAGAGCAGUCAAACUUGUAUUUUCCUGUGUUUUCUAUAUAAGGUUUAAUUAAAACUGUGAAAUUGCCAAAAUGAUGAUCAUGCCCUUUUAGUGUAAGAGCUGUUUAAAUAAAUUGCCUGACAUUUCA